AUGAACAGUUUACGAGCGGGGAGACCAAAGUCUCCUCUGUUCCUUGUCCUCGCCGCAAUCCUCGUCUUCGCAGUAGCUGUCGAGGCCUCGUACGGCGAUCGGUUGCCAGAGUUCCGAGAAUGCGUCCAAGUCUGCCACGAUGAGAACUGUGCUCCAGGCAAAGACGCCACACCAAUACCCUUCCAUCGCCGCCUCCUCCUCUGGACCUGCGCCUCCGAAUGCGACUACACAUGUCAACAUAUAAUUACAAAGGAGCGUCUCGCUGCCGGAGAGAGCGUGGUGCAGUUCCAUGGCAAAUGGCCCUUCCCCCGUUUCCUCGGCAUUCAGGAGCCUGCCAGUACGAUCUUCAGCUUAGGGAACUUAUGGGCUCACCAAAACGGCUGGCGCAAGCUUCGCACUGUCAUCCCUGCGUCCUACCCUUUGCGGCGCUGGUAUGAGUGGCUCGCCGGUAUGGGCAUCGCCUCCUGGACCUUUAGCGCAAUCUUCCACACCCGCGACUUCGUGGCCACGGAGCAACUUGAUUACUUCGCGGCGGGCGCGAGCGUGUUGUACGGGUUGUAUUACACUGUAGUGCGCAUCAUACGCCUGGAUCGGCCGACGCCGCGCCGGAGGUCAGUGUUGCGCGCGUGGACACUGCUGUGUGUGUUGCUUUACGCCGGACACGUUGCCUACUUGAAGGGUGUGCGAUGGGAUUACACAUAUAACAUGACGGCGAAUGUCAUUAUUGGUGUGAUUCAGAACGUCAUGUGGUUGUGGUUCAGUUUGAACAAGUACAGGCAAUCACGGAGGACCUGGGCCAUCUGGCCGAGUAUCGUUGUCGCAGUCGUCGUCAUGGUCAUGAGUUUGGAGCUCUUUGACUUCCCACCUGUGUGGGGUGCGUUGGAUGCACACAGUUUAUGGCACUUGGGCACAAUUCCGCCUACGGUACUGAUGUAUAACUUCCUGAUCAAGGAUGCACAGGAUGAUAUGGCGGGCAGUGAGAGGCUCAAGUCGUAA